GCAUGCGCACAAGCAGAGGGGAAAAACCAUUGCGAGAGCGAGGCUGCGGCCCGGUGGGUUACGAGGCCCGGCGCGUCAGAGGCCGAGAGAGGUGCGGCUGCGGUUCCCGGCCACCGGCCAGCCCCUCUUCCGCCGUCGCCAUGGCUCGGGACGUGAAGAGCAAACUCUCGAAGAACCUGCUCCGGAUGAAGUUCAUGCAAAGGGGUUUGGAUUCAGAGACGAAAAAGCAGCUCGAAGAGGAGGAGAAGAAAAUAAUCAGCGAUGAGCAUUGGUUUCUGGAUUUGCCAGAAUUGAAGGAAAAAGAGAGCUUUAUAAUAGAAGAAAGAAGUUUUGCUCCGUGUGAAGACCUCCUGUAUGGCAGAAUGUCCUUUAAGGGCUUCAAUCCUGAAGUCGAGAAGUUAAUGAUCCAGAUGAACUCGCGGUACAAGACUGAAGAAACCGAGGAAGACGGUUGUGCAAUGGAGGCUGAUGUAUCGGAUGAAGAAAUGGCCAGAAGAUAUGAAACUUUAGUGGGAACCAUUGGGAGGAAGUUCCUGAAGAAGAGAGAACGCCACAUGGUACAAGAUGGAGAGGAGGAGGAGGAGGAAAACAGUAGCAGGAGACCCAGCAAAAUGAAGAAAACCUUUUUAAAACCCCAAGAUUGA